ACCCUUCCCGCGCCGCUUCCCCGUGGCGCUCUAGGCCAAAGCGGCGGGGCCUCGGUGGUAGUUGGGCGGACUGCCUCGCUUUACGACCCGGGGGGCAGAGCGCGACAGUUUCCGUUCCCUUAUCGCCUGCAUCCUCAACAUGGCGUCGGGCAGUGGGACUAAGAACUUGGACUUCCGCCGAAAGUGGGACAAAGAUGAAUAUGAGAAACUUGCAGAGAAGCGGCUCACAGAAGAGAGAGAAAAGAAAGAUGGCAAACCAGCUCAGCCUGUCAAAAGGGAACUCCUGCGGCACCGAGACUAUAAGGUGGACCUGGAAUCAAAGCUGGGGAAGACCAUCGUCAUCACCAAAACUACCCCUCAGUCAGAGAUGGGAGGGUAUUACUGUAACGUGUGCGACUGUGUGGUGAAAGACUCCAUUAACUUCUUGGAUCACAUCAAUGGCAAAAAACACCAGAGGAAUCUGGGCAUGUCCAUGAGGGUGGAACGUUCCACACUGGACCAGGUGAAAAAACGCUUUGAGGUGAAUAAGAAGAAGAUGGAGGAGAAGCAGAAGGACUAUGAUUUUGAGGAGAGGAUGAAGGAGCUCCGUGAGGAGGAGGAAAAGGCCAAAGCCUACAAAAAGGAGAAGCAGAGAGAGAAGAAAAGGAGGGCAGAGGAAGACUUGACAUUUGAAGAGGACGAUGAAAUGGCAGCUGUGAUGGGUUUCUCUGGUUUUGGUUCAACCAAAAAGAAUCACUGAGCAGCUGUGGACUCUCCUCUUUCCUGAAACAGAUUGUUUUUACCAGGGGAUUCUGGAUGACUCUUUAAAGACUUGAUUGAGGACUUGUAUGUAAAUCUCCCAGUAGAAGCUGGCUGGAGGAAUUGAAAACUGAUUCCACGCUCUACCUGUGCUGCAGAACAAGCUCCACCUGUCAUUAGCUUCUCAUUUCCUUCUGUGUCCUAGAUCUGGCUACUCAUCACUGUGCUCUGGCCUUGUGUGUGCAGAGAAAUAUUCAGCUGGGUAUGUUUUUGUGUCAAUAAAGUACUACAGUUCUGUACAGACAGCAUCACUCAGAAUUAUUCUAGUUGUCAAAUGGACGUUGUUUUGGAGCUGUGCGUUCGAGAUGCAGAGAGUGAUUCAGUUUCUUUUCAGAUCAUGUAACUGAAGGAAAUGUGCCACAGUGAGUGGUGCUGAUUUGUAUAGCCUGAAUCUUUAUGGCUUGUGCUGAGCAGAGCUGGUGGCUGCUUGGAGUCUGGGUUGCCGAAACUUUCCUGUGUAUUUUAUCAGUAAGGGAUUUGACUGUUUUACUUUCCUGUUUUUUCCUUGCGUUUCAUGGCAUAAGUAUGGUGUCUUUAAUCCAAGGGAGAAGUUCCUCCUCAGGAUUGAUCUAGGAUAGAGCAAAUGGCAGAAAAGUGUGUGCAAUUUGCCAAAAAUAAAUAAAUUGAUAGUUUUAAUUGGUC